AUGAGCAAGUCAUUGCACAAGGCUGAGAUUCGCUACCUUCCCCUAGAAAAGGCCAUCCUGGUGGUUGUUCAAGCCACACGAAAGCUCCCCCAUUAUUUCCAGGUACACACAGUCAUUGUUCUAACCCAACUCCUGCUCAGGUCUAUACUCCGAAGCGCUGAUUACACAGGGAGAAUUGCUAAAUGGGGCACCAUUUUGUGCGCCUUUGACAUUAAGUACAUGCCUCGCACUGCCGUAAAAGGCCAAAUCCUCACGGAUCUGGUGGCUGAAUUUGCUGAACCCUCACUAGAAGAAGAAGGUGGAAUGCGAAGCAUGGAUGAAAAAUCAAUUGGUGAAAUUUCUCUGCAAGGGCCCACUUGUUGGAAAGUAUACGUCGAUGGCGCAACAAAUCAAAGGAACUCUAGGGUGGGACUAGUCCUGAUUUCCUUUGAGGGGAUUACUAUUGAAAAAUCGCUGAGACUAGGCUUCUCGGCCACGAAUAACGAGGCAGAAUAUGAAGCCCUGCUAGAAGGAAUGUCCAUGGUCGAGAAAUUAGGCGGGAAAUCCGUAAACAUAUUCUCGGACUCAAGACUUAUUGUGGGUCAAGUAAAUGGGGAAUUAGAAGCAAGGGAUGAAAGAAUGCAAGAGUACAUAGACCAAGCUAAAUGCCUGCAGUCACGUUUUGAUUCUUUUAGCCUAUUGCAUAUAUCCAGAAGUGGAAACACCCAUGCCGAUUCUCUGGCCAUGCUGGCCACCUCCUCGGCUCAAUGUUUACCUCGGGUUAUACUUCUGGAAGAUUUACACAGGCCCUCGGUGGUGAAGAUGGAAGUGAUCCAUGUCCACAGCGUCAGAAUGGGGCCUAGCUGGAUGGACCCUUUAAUACUAUUUCUAAAAGAGGAUGCCUUACCCGAAGAAAAGAGCGAAGCCGACAAGAUUAGAAGAAAGGCUUCUCAAUUCUGGCUAUCCGAGGACUUGAAACUGUAUAAACGCUCAUUUUCAGGACCGUACUUGCUCUGCGUGCACCCUGACGCCACGAAACUUAUCCUGGAGGAGUUGCAUGAAGGAAUUAACAGAAGCCAUACAGGGGGUAGGUCCUUAUCCCAUAGAGCCAUAACCCAAGGUUACUGGUGGCCAAACAUGCAAAAAGAGGCAUACGAAUAUGUGAAGAAGUGCAACCAAUGCCAGAGGUUUGCCCCAAAUAUACAUCAACCGGGGGGGAUCCUCAAUCCACUAUCCAGCCCUUGGCCGUUUGCUCAGUGGGGCUUGGAUAUCAUAGGGCCAUUUCCUAAAGCAGUAGGGAACAAGAGAAAUCUGCUCGUCGGCACUGAUUACUUCACUAAAUAG